AACAUAUUCGCAAUCGACUGUAAGGAGAGAAAAGCUGAAUGCCGCCACAGAAGACUCGCGUGUUGGUGUAACGACAUCGACUGUCUCCGCUCCAGGACCUCUCCAUCUAACCGGUAUACCAAUCCAUCCUCUGAGACGUGACAACGCUUCACUGAACGUCAUGGAGGACGUAGACACUCUCCGUCGGUUGAACCCUGAUGUCAUUCUGCAUGUGUUUGAGCACCUGCGACCUCAAAGCGGUCUGCGCUCAUUAUCUACGUCGUGCCGGUGGGUUCGGGAAGAGACCAUGCCUGUGCUGUUCCGACGAUGUCGGGCCACCGUGGCGCGCCCACUUUGCGCAGAGCGAUUUCUCCCACCUCCCUUGUGGCUCCACGUCUGCCAUUUGUCUUUGAUAGACAGGUGCCCGGAUCUGGUAGCCAUGAGGGGCGCCCCGUGGAAACAUCGACUGAGGUUUAGCGACGACCCAUUGCUCUGUGGGAUCAUGGACCCCGCCUUCCUUAGGAGCGUCCUGGGAGCGAUGCCCCGCCUGCAGUCGAUUUAUCUGUCCUUCAUCUGUCGGGAGGUACACGGGAUCGGGUGGGAUACUCUGGAGGCCAUCCUAUCAACUCCCCUGCUCCGUACUCUCACAGUUGAGCAGUUCCUCUUUAGUCCGCGACAGACCCCAACGGCUGUGAGCAUCGAGUCUCUCGCCUCACUCACCACAUUUCAAUUCGUGCAUGCCGCACUCCGCUCGGAACUUUGCCGCUAUCCGUCGCAAGAGGGAGUUCUAGGCUUGGUCAUCACGAAAUUGCGACCCACUCUCGAAUCACUGCUGCUUCCCAGCGAGGUCACGCCCUUCGGAACACUCGCAGACAACCAAUGGCCGCGACUGACUGAACUGCGUUUGAUGGGUGUGCUUCAUCUAAAUCCUGAUACUCACACUCCAUUCGUCACCCUCUUCGCCGGAAUGCCCAAAUUGCGUGUUCUAUCACUGGAACUGUCUCUACCCAAGGGCGGCGAUAGACAAGUCCUACAACUUUGGCCCAAGAAUCACGAAGCCCGAUUCCCAUGGCCCGACCUCGAGGAUCUAACCGUGUCGUUUCCGAGCCCCGACGAUAGAAUCUACUCCCACCUUCCGCCAACCAUGCGAUGCCUAUCCUUGCGAUGCACCCCGCACCACUGCUUUUAUAUGUGGCAAUCACGCAAACUGUCCCGCAUCGAAUCCCCUAUAACGCACGCUUCGGAGAUGCUGGAGAUCCUCUCACAGAUCGAAGCGCCGCGCUUAGAAUACCUUCAAGUGGAAUACUGUGCAGAUGCUGCGGAAGAUGACCUCCUACGCCAUAUGACACAACGAUGUUCCCAACUGAGAUCUAUGGAGAUUCAUUGCAUUCGACCAUACAAUCGUAGUAGUCUCUCCGACACUGAUCUCGCUCUGCAUCUAGCGAAACUGAGCAACUUGUCUACGCUGCGAGCUUACAUUGAUAGCGAGCAUGCUUCUCAAUUCUCAGCGCUUCGGCAGGCAGCGGCUGUUCUGGCAUGCAAGCUUGCUCGCCCAGACGUCAGGUUGUGGUUGUUGUGGAUUGAUGCUCACAGCGCAGUGUGGUACCCGUUUCGCCUUGUAGCCGUGCAAGACAUCGACGAGGAUGUAAGAGCGGAAAUUGAUCCCCGAGAUCACGACGGGGUGCCGGUAUUUCCCUUUGCCUGAUGAGCAUGAGUCGUGUAUGCACACUUUGUAUCGGCGAAUAAUCAUAUCUGUGGUUCUAGCCGAUACAGUCGGUAUUGAUGUGUAGAGUAGAGUAUACCACGCAGUCCGAAUCGUGCGCACUAGUCCCUUCUCCAAAGAGGUGUGAACCCGCAUACUCACUACACAUGAAGUGUCGAGUCUUCGCAUCCUCACUAUGCCUUUUUCAUGACCGUUGUAACACUUUCGACAGUGUCGCACGCGGCGGUCUUUUGGAGCUCGUUGAACAGUACAUACCAAUUCUGGUGAUUUUUAAGCCGCAGGCAAUGCUCGUAGGCGGUGCAUAAGUCGCCGAGUAAGUAAGGAUUGGGAGGACGGUUUGUUCGCCAAUG